AAAGCUGCAUUUCUGGAUUCUAUGGAUAGUGGUGAUGGUUUUGGAGGCCUUGAGUUCCCUUCCACCAUUGAUGAGUUCUUGCAGAAUGAUCCACCUGCUGAUGAUGAGGCUACUAAAAUCUCUCACUUCACCGAUUAACUUUACAUCCAUGGCUAAGUCAUCUACUUCCGUUUCCAUUAUCAUCCUGUUUCUUCUCCUUCAUUUCUCAACUUCAGGUAAUAUGAUGAGGCUUGCAAAUGCACAGGCACCUGGACAGGGUUCUUGGUGCCUUCCAAGGCCUUCUGCUAGUUACCGGGAACUGAUGGAUAACAUGAACUAUGCUUGUAACGUAGUGAACUGCACAGCGAUCCGACGAGGUGGCCCUUGCUUCCACCCGAACAGUCUCAUAAACCACGCUUCUUUCGUGAUGAAUCUCUACUAUCAGAAAGCGGGGAGGAACUUCUGGAACUGUGAUUUCAAGAACACUGCUGUUAUCGUCGUGACUGAUCCAAGCUAUGGCAAUUGCAAAUAUGAUUGCACCCAGUAGGUGUAAGAAGCGAGAUUUGCUUUUUAAGCUCGAAUAUCUGAUUGUUAUCUUAUUUCCCUUUCGUCGGUACUUUACUUGUUUGUCCGAAUAAUAUGUGAAAGUUUACCUUGUAAGGAUUAAUAUUUGCUGCAAGAAAUAAUUGCAUUGAAGAAUGUUGUUUGCA